CGAUUCCUCCUUCACUUCCCCACACUCUUAAGCUUUUCUACUCCGAACACUUCCUCUCAUGGAAUCCUACACCAACAUCUUCCCACUAAUGGAAUCAACCAAUCCCCCUUCCCUCCUCCAGCUACUCUCCGACCAACGAGAGAACGCCGCUAUCGUAGCAGCCCUCACCAACGUCAUCUCCGGCAACCCCGAGAACACCGCUCCCAUUUCCCUCUCCGCUAUCUCAAUGCCAUCUAAAUCCCCGCCUCCCAGCACCGCAGAAGCCGCUAGGGAGAUACAGUGUAAAGCCGGACGUAGCCGGCGGAAGAAGAGUAACAAUUACCGCGGGGUUCGGCGGCGUCCGUGGGGUAAAUGGGCUGCGGAGAUUCGAGAUCCUCGGCGAGCGGUUCGGAAGUGGUUGGGGACCUUCAACACCGCAGAGGAGGCUGCUCGAGCCUAUGAUCUCGCCGCUAUCGAGUUCAGGGGUCGAAGAGCAAAGCUGAAUUUUCCGUUUCAGAACUCGGACGCGUCGAGCUCUAGUGGCCGGCAAGACAUGGGGAUGGCUUCGCCAACGGUGGUGUCGGAGGGGGAGGAGAUUGGGGAAUUCUGGGAGGGAUUGCAGGACCUGAUUGAGAUUGAUGGAGAGGCGUCCGCUGAUCUUUGGAUGCGGAUUUGAAUUUUCUUUGUUCGAUGAUGGGAAAACAGUUAUUUUGGCGUGGAUAAAUGAUGUUUAGCCUCACUGCCAUCAAAUUCUGGAAAUAAAAAAUUGGCAUCGAGAUUCAUCUGAUCAGGAUGAUCUGCAAUAGAAUUGAGGGUGGGGUCUUGUGAUGGGAGGCCUUUUUUAAUCCAAAUUCUUUUGCUUUUCUUCUACGGGAUGGAGGUUAGCAGUAUGGGUGUAUUAUUUGAAGAACAAGUCCGUCAAUUCAAUUUGAUUUUCAGGAACCGUAUGCGCAAGCAAGAGCUUUGCAAUUUUUCUUAGACGUUAAUGUGCUUAUAUAUACGAGAGAAGUACGAAAGCAAACUUUGGAUGUACGGACUAUUGUAAAAUCAGAAUUUUAAACGGUUAAUUACUUUUCUCAAUUUGCAAACAAAGUUUGGAUUAUUUUGAUCAACGAACCUGAAG